AUGUUGCACAUCGUUGCGCCUUCGAAACACAUGAUUAUGUGGCACUGCAGACAUCUUCUAGAUGGCUUGGGUGCGCAGAGCAACUCCACUAUGACGGCUUUAUUGGGUAUCUUGCGCAUCAUGAUGUCGUCAAGGGUGGUUUAUUGCAUGGCGUGUGAAGCUUUCGUCGCAAAGCAGGCAGCCUAUCAAUUAGCAGCAGAGCCACAGGUGCAGCAGCGUUUGGCCAUUUAUGUGGCUCAGUUCCGGUGGCAUGGUCUCAACGUCAGGUCAACCGAAGUGUUCAUUUUGCGCUCAAUGUUGUGGGCACGUUUGCCCGGGAUGUACUUCAAAAGCGUCCUUGAGGCAUUCCUGCGAGAGAAUGGAAAAAGCAUCCCUUUGAAGUUCAAGUGGGCAACAGACAUGGAAUUCGUUCCUUACUCUGAGAUGAUGACAUAUCGCUGCGGAGUUCUUGUCCCAAAUGAUUUGACGAUGGCAUCAUUUGCAGAGGCAUAUGCCAUGGGGUUUCCGCUUUUCUUGCCUGUGGAUGAGUGGCUCUAUAGGCUUCAAAAGUCAGUCCCUUAUGGCUUUAUGGUUCAUGCUGUAUCUCUUCCAGGCGAUCAUCCAUCUCCGUUUUGGCAAGAAAAAUCCCGCGCUCUCACCACCGUUAUGAUGUGGCUGAGGUUGUCAGAUUUCUCGACGUGGCCUUUCACGCAACGCUUCUGCUCGGUGCCAGAACUGCUUGAAGGUUUGAUGAAGACACCCCUGGAGAAAAUUAGCCUGGCCAUGUUGGAGUGGAUGGCAAAAAGCCAAGAGGAGGGGUUGCGGCGUUGGUCUGGGCUUUUGCACAGCUUGCAACAAGGCAGCGAAGUAAUGUCAGAGAGUUCUUUGGAGGUGUUGCAAGAGUCUGUGUUUGGUCCAGGCUAUGUAAGCAGGAGCGACCUGCUAUAUUCUGCACUAGCUUGUGAGCAUGAAAAGUUCGACAAGUUCGGAUGGCCUGCGUUUCGUUCAGUUGUUGAGGCCAAUGCAGUCGCUGGUUUUCCUUUGGAGCAGGACAUUGCUUUCUUCACCGAUGUUGCCCUUUUGGACCUGGGAGAGGCUGCUGCAGAAAGCCAAGUGAGAUCUUUCAACGUUGCGCUCCAGCACUUCUUGAAGAACCUUUCGGCAGAUGAGGUCGAUAUCGCUUUUGCAGGCCUGGGUCAUUGCCAUCUUGGCGUGGUGGGCUGCGAGUGCUUUUCGUGUUUACGCUGA